AUGGAUAGAGUUGUAUUGAAGAUUUAUGAAUAUUUUUGGGAAAUUGGUGCUAUUGCCGAGCUGAAAGAGGUAGCAUCAAGUCCAGACGAAGUGGCUGCAAAAUUUGCUAGCGAAGCUUUGACAGUAAUUGGCGAAGAAGUGCCAUACAAAUUAUCUCAACAGGUUCCAUGCUGGAGUACUGAAGAUGUACAAUAUUGGGUGAAAAAGAUUGGUUUCGAGAAAUAUGCCGAUGCAUUUGCGAAAAAUAUGGUAGACGGCGAUUUACUGCUGCUGAUUACGGAAGAAGAUUUAAAACGUGACAUUCAAAUUUCUUCCGGCCUGCUGAGGAAGCGAUUUAUGAGGGAGCUUGAAAGCUUGAAGAUUGCUGCUGACUAUGGAGGGCUUGAUGAAACACAUUUGGAUCAAUUCCUGAUGUCGUUAUGUCCCGAGUUCUCAAUUUACACUUACCAGAUGUUGAGCGCAAGCGUAAAUCGCCCGUUAUUGCCACUUCUGACUGAUGAGAUGAUGAAGAACGAAUGUGGCAUGAGAAAUCCUGUUCACCGAUUGAAGCUAAAACAAGCACUGCAAAACAGCAAACACAUUGAAGAUAUAGAAAUUUCCUUAUUGAGCAAACAAAUAGACGUUUUCAUCAGCUAUCGGCGCAGCACUGGCAAUCAGUUGGCUAGCUUAAUAAAAGUGUUGUUGCAACUUCGUGGCUACAAGGUGUUCAUUGAUGUCGACAAACUUUAUGCUGGAAAAUUUGACUCAUCGCUUCUGAAAAGCAUACAGGCAGCGAAACAUUUUGUUUUAGUGCUCACUCCUCACUGUUUCGAUAGACUUCUAAAUGAUGAUAACUGUGACGACUGGAUCCAUAAAGAGCUUGUAUGCGCAUUUAAACACGAAAAAAAUGUGAUCCCCAUAUUUGACCAACACUUUGAGUUCCCAACUUCUGAGAAGGACAUACCGGCAGAUAUUCGGCAUAUUACUAAGUAUAAUGGAGUCCGCUGGGUGCAUGAUUAUCAGGAUGCUUGCAUGGAUAAAGUUGAGCGGUUCAUCAAAGGCGAGCUGAACAGGACUCCGAAUCCCCUAGUAGUAAGCCACAGUUGUAUUACUGAUAUAAUCCUAAGUCGUAAAAUAAUGGUUAGUUUGUAA